AUGGAUGUAUUCUCCACAUCCCAGGGCUUCUACGACAGCACUUGCGCCUCAUCCCCUGAAACUUUGGAGUUUGGAACCGGAGGGGAACUUGCUGGAUCCGAGGAGGACGAGCACAUUCGGGUCCCCGGGGCCCCGCACCAGCCGGGUCACUGCCUGCAAUGGGCCUGCAAAGCUUGCAAGCGAAAAUCCAGCACAGUGGACCGCCGAAGAGCUGCCACCAUGAGGGAACGGCGCAGGCUGAAGAAGGUGAACCACGCUUUUGAGGCUCUACGUCGCUGCACAUCCGCCAAUCCCAGCCAGCGUCUUCCCAAGGUGGAGAUCCUGAGGAACGCCAUCCAGUAUAUCGAGAGCCUUCAAGAGCUUCUCCGGGAACAGGUGGAAAACUACUACAACCUGCCUACAGAGAGCAGCUCAGAGCCCGCCAGUCCAUCUUCUAGCUGUUGUGAAAGCAUGAUUGACUGCAACAGUCCUGUUUGGCCUCAGAUGAAUCCAAACUUUGGGAAUAACUACAACUUUGAUGCACAAAAUGCUAGUGUAGUGGACAGAACUCCCGGAACAUCUAGUUUGCAGUGUUUGUCCAGCAUUGUGGACAGGCUGUCCUCAGUAGACACAGGAGUUGCUGUGGGAAUGAGGAAUAUGAUUGCUCUUUCACCAACUGGAAGUGACUCUCAGUCCACUUCUCCAGACAGUCCCAGCAACAGACCAGUCUACCACGUCCUGUGAGAGGGACUGAGACACUCCAUCCUGGUUAUGCCCAGGCCAACACAGAAUUUGUGCCUCCAAAUUGGAAUGUCCAUCAUUCACAACGUUCUACACAUCCUUUCAGUUAUGUGUUGGAUCAUUAAAGGGAUACUUCACCCAAAAAUGAAAAUUCUCCCAUCAUUUACUCACCCUCAUGCUAUCCCAGAUGUAUGACUUUCUUUCUUCUGCUGAACACAAAUGGACAUUUUUAGAAAAAUCCAUACAUCUCAUACAAACAAGUCCAUAC